AUGCCUCAGAUCACCGAAAUCUUCUUCGAUUGCGACAACACCCUCGUCCUCUCGGAAGAAUUAGCCUUUGAAGCCUGCGCCGACCUCGCCAAUGAGAUCCUGGAGAAGCACAACAUCCCGGACCGGUACACAGGUGACCAGCUCAUCCAGGACUUCGUCGGCCAGAACUUCCGCGGCAUGAUGGUCUCCCUGCAGGCCAAGUACAAGUUCGAGAUGACCAAGGAGGAGCUGGAGGGUUACGUGAAGGAGGAGGAGAACCGCGUGAUUGCCAAGCUGGAAGCCAAGGCCGAGCCCUGCGUCGGGGUCAUGCCCGAGCUGGAGAAGCUGUACGAGUCCAAGAAGUACGGCCUUGCCGUGGUGUCGUCGUCCGCGCUGCGUCGUGUCAAGGCCUCCAUCAAGAAGGUCGGACAGGACAAGUUUUUCGAAGAGGAUGCGGUGUACAGCGCGGCCACUUCUCUCCCCACCCCGACUUCCAAGCCCGAUCCCGCCAUCUACCUGCACGCUCUCAAGGAGCGCAACAAGAAGCCCGAGGAGGUCGUCGCCAUUGAGGACAGCAAGUCGGGCUCCCUGAGCGCCAUCCGCGCCGGCAUUCCAGUCAUUGGCUAUGUCGGCAGCUACAACGGUGAUUCGAAGCAGCAGGAGAUGGCCAAGGUUCUCACCGACCUUGGUGUCAAGGUGAUUAUGAAGGAUUGGAGUGAGUUUGAGGACUGCUUGGCUCAGAUUGAGCGUGCCUAG